AAUAAUUUUUAAUCUCAGGCUGGUAACAUAAAUAAAAUUGGUGAACUAAUAAAAAAAAAACUUAAAAAGGAAAAACAUUCGUAAAAUUGAAAUACGAAUUGCGACUUCGAAAUUUGUUCAUAGUUAGAUAGAAUUAUAUUCAAACGGAAGUUAAGAAAUUGUACUUCAAUUCUUUUUAGGUACAACAUUAUUUUCCUGGUUGUCACUUACAUCAUUCCGAUGUGCUGUAUGGCUGUUACUUACACAUGGAUUGGAUGUAUACUUUGGGGAAGCAAAGUAAUAGGCGAAAGUACUGACCCUCAAAAUAAUGUUAUUAAAUCCAAACAAAGGGUUGUUCACAUGCUGGUUGCAGUGAUGUUGCUUUUUGCUAUAUGUUGGCUACCGUAUCACAUAUAUUUUCUUUAUAUAUAUUACAACAGUGAUGUAGUGCACACACAUUUCAUACAACACGUAUAUCUUGCAAUAUAUUGGCUUGCAAUGUCUAAUUCCUGCUACAAUCCCAUAGUCUACUACAUCAUGAAUGCAAGGUUCCGUAAUUACUUUCGCAAAGUAGUAUGUAUAUGCAAUCCCAACGCUCAAUCUUCAGACUCUCCCCGCUUCGGAGAGACAGGCAAGUCCAUACCUCUGGGACACAGAACUUCAUUUGUCACGUCGCACAGGACGCGCUCCUCAAGACUCAGUCAUAUACGCUGCAAGAGGAAUCAAGGACACUCACCUGAAAAUGAUGAACUCAAUCUAAAUAAUGGAGACGCUAUUAACUGAAACUCCUUUAAAAUGGCAACAACAUACAAAUGUUCAAAUCAUUAAUGACUGUUUUUACGUUUGAUAUUGUGAAUGUGUUUCAAUCUAAAUGUAUUGUAAUUCCGAGCUUUUGAAAUUCUCUGUUGAUUGUGGUAAUUAGGAUAUGAAUUAAUAUAAAACUUGUAUUUUUGGGAGAAAUGAAGUGAUUGUUAACUUGUAUCAAUUUUUAAAUUGUAUGUUACAGAGUAAAGCGUUUCUGUACUGUAAAAAAUUCCGGAUCAGAUAACGGUAAAAAGUACCGAGUCUC